CCCCUACCCCCAGCCUUAAUCUAGCUCACUCCAUACAGUCUGCUAGUGAGAGGAAGGAGUGCACCAAGGUGGGCCAACUGACACUGAGCUCUCAUCUUAUUUACUCAUCCCAGUGGGAUUGUUACUGGUUCCUAUAUCGCAAGGAGGCACAGCAGUAGCACCAAGUGGGCUCAUCAGCAUCCCCUGGAGACAACUGGAGUAUGGCACAGAUCCAGAAGAAGACCUCCACCAUGUCCCUGACCAUCUCUUCAUGUUCCCGAGAGAGUUCUUCCUACUCCUCUUCUUCUUCCUCCAGUACAGUGCACCAGCAGAGGCACUCUAGCCUGGUGCAGCCCCUCUGCAUCAGCCCUCAUCCAACACAGACCACAUGUCAGCACUCUGUGAAUGGUGGCAUUGCACCCACGUUUGUCAAGUGUCUUCAUGAUGUAAGCACAGUAAAGGGACAACUAGUAGUUCUGGAAUGCAGAGUCAGGGGGACCCCCCCACUCAAUGUGUCCUGGUACAGAGAGGACGAGCAGAUCCCUGACUCCGCAGACUUUCGCAUUCUGAGAAAGAAAGCAAGUUCUACAGCUGUUCCAGAGGAGUUGUGCACCUUGGUGAUCACAGAGGCGUACCCUGAGGAUUCUGGUAUAUUUAAAUGUGUAACUGCAAAUGAGUUUGGAUCAGCAACCUGCAGUGCCCUACUGGAGGUGUACACAGACCUAGAUGAGGUUUUAGCAGAUGGUAAUGCCCUUGAAAUGCCUGGAGAGCAGGAGAAUUUCCCAUCAUUAUUAAAGGAUGUGGCAGGCAUACCACCUCCAGAAUGGCCCGACAGCCCUGUGGAAGAAACAGCUCCAGAUCUGUCUACGAUGCCUGAGUUUCCACUGUUGAGUGAAACAACUGAGAAGUCACACAUAUAUGCCAAAAAGAACAACUCAGCUUCUCAAAUCUCUGUAGAGGCUCCUGAUACCCCUCCCACUCUCACAUCUCCCCUGAAGGAGUUCCAUAAUGCUAUUCCAAAGCCGUUCUCUCCCACAAGCAAGUUGAGUCACAAAUCAGAACCAAGUGGUCCCAGCAAAACUGUGGCUGACCUUCCUACCUUCUCACCUCUGCUCUACCCGCCAAGCGCCUUCAACUAUGAACGACCCCGCCAUUUCAUCCAAUCCCAGCCCACCUUCCAGGCGCCAAGCUAUGAUAGUCUGCAGUCGAAUGGCAGCAGCAACGCUUCCCCGUACUCCUCAACUCUAAGCUCCCCAACUGCAGUCACUGUGUCAUCAUUGAGCCCUCCUCCUGCAGCUUCUCAUGGCACCAAGCGCACCAGCGUCACUUUGAUCCCCCGAUUGUCAAGAUCUCAUUGUGAUAAUGAAGCAUCACCUGCAGCUUUUCUCGCUUCUGUCCUACCUACAGAACCAAAUUUGUCAGCCAAGUCCUCCACUGUGUCUUUGCCCCAGACCUUCUCCCCAAGGUAUUCCCCUACUUCCCCCAGGUCCCUGCCAAACAACUCACAACAAGCUCUCAUAUCUCCAAGUCAGCUGUUAAAUAAUAUUCCUUCAUCUCCUACUCCACCUCAAAUGUCCCCAAAGCCCAUAAAUACAACCCCUGUCCCUCAGCAAUGCUCUCCAAUCUCACAGUCAGUAAAUUACAAGGAAAUGCCCAAAAGCCAACCUAAACCGAUAUUGAAGAAAACUGUGUCCCAAGCAGUGCUCCAUUCUACAGAUGAAGAAAUCCAGGGUUCAAAAGAUGCUCUCAUACAAGACUUAGAAAAGAAGCUGCGCAGUAAAGUGCCUCACCAAAAGAACAAUCAGCAGAAGCUGACUUAUGAGGAGCGCAUGGCUCGAAGACUGUUAGGUCCAGCUAAUGCUGCCUCUGUCUUUGAGCUUGAGGAUUCUGCUGAAUUUCAAUCUAAGCAGAUAUGCUCUCAAGAAAGCCAGCAGACUGGAGGAAUAUGCAGCAAUAAGCUUCUUUCUGGAGAUGCAACUGAAGGUUCUUCUAUCCAGGAGAAGUGUUAUGCCCCACGAUUCAUCCAGGUGCCCCAGGACCUUACUGUAGAAGAGGGUCGUUUCUGCAGGAUUGAUUUUAAGGUUGGAGGUUUACCAACUCCAGAUGUCACUUGGUACUUGGAUGGGAAAGCUAUUCGACCUGAUGAUUACCAUAAGAUGCUUGUGUGUGAGAAGGGUGUCCAUUCCUUCAUUAUUGAGAUUGUGACGGUUCACCAUGCAGGUGUAUAUGAAUGUGUGGCCAGGAACCGUGCUGGAGAGAGUCGCUUCUCCCUGCAUUUGGAUGUCAUUGCUCAAGAAAUGCAGCAUCCUCCCACCUUUGUGGUCAAGAUGCAGAACUUACGGGUUCUUGAAGGUGAGAGUGUGAGGUUAGAGUGCAAGGUGGCUGCUGCUCCUUCUCCCCAGAUCUACUGGAAGAAAGAUAAAGAAAUGCUGCGCAUGGACCCCACCAGAAUGAGUCUGUCACAGGACACUUCCGGCCGACAAUGUCUACUCAUAGACCGAGUGGUGAAAUCUGAUGCCGGCUGGUACACUGUGUCUGCCAUUAACGAAGCUGGAAUGUCAACCUGCAAUGCUAGGUUGGAUGUGGCAACUCGGUUGAACAAGACGGCACCCCCAGCCAAGCCACAGAACAUGCUUCCUAUCAUUAACCAGUUCUCCUCCCUGGGCUCUGAAAGCAGCCCUCGCCACACUGCCCCCCUUUAUGAGAGCGAGGAGUUAUAGAUCUGAGACUUUAAGUAAUUGUUUUUUUCCUGAUGUUGACUGUAGAAUGAUGAGUACCAUUUAUCUUUGUACUUAUAUAAUGCAAUUAUGUUAAAAUAGGCCUUCUCCCAUCCUUUGCAUUUGUCAAAUGCACUUUAGCUUGUGAGUCAUUGUAUCUUUCAAUAAAUUAGAUGAAGUAAGUCUGCCAUUCCAACAGAAUAAACUGCCCGCUCCACUGAAAAAUGCCACUGGCAGGUUGUGAUGAUGCAAUGAUGUAGGUGUAUUUUUGUUGGUAUUGAACAUAAAGUUCAAUAUUACAAGCUUCAGUACUGGAAUUCAUUAAAAAUGACUUGUGAGGCUUUAAACAAGUGACAAUAUGCAGUGUUAUAUUUAUGUUUGUUCCACGCAUGUUAACAGCCAGCCUUUGCAUUCAAAAUAGCUUCAGUCCUUCUUAGAAUGCUCCUCUGAGCCCAGUUGUACUGAGACUGGACCAACGAGGACCACUUAGAUGUGCUGAAUAGUUGAUUUACUUUGAUGUUUAGAUCUAAUAAUUAGCAAGGCAAUAGAAGGCAUUUUACUUCUUUCUGAUGUUCAUGAAACCUUUCUGCUGUGUUUAUGGACUACUAUGUAUACAUUUUGAAGGAGCUGUAUUCCUUAUACGACCAUAUAGAACAUGUGACAUAAGGAUGGCUGUCCAUGCUAUAAUGAAUCCAUCACUAGGUUUAAUUUUAUGCUCCUUACACCAGAUUAAAUGGAUUUAUGUACUGGACUUAGACACAAGUAGUUCCUGACACAAUUUUCAACUUUAUAAAGCUCAAAUAUCAAACUAUUUAUUUUGACUUGGAUCAAAGAGUUUCUGCACUAGUUCUAUACUAUCCAAACCUAUACUUCUGCAAUGAUAGGAACUCUUACAUCCUCUCAAUUGUUCAUCUAUCCCAGCAAGCUUCAACAAUUGCAUCUGAGGCAAUGAUUUUCUUACUACAUUACUUAAUUUGGCCUUAUUGCAUCAACAACUUAGGCACACACUAUUUGGUAAUUUUUCAAUUUUAUAUAAUAAGUUACUUUAAAUUGGUUUGAAAAUUUUCAGAUAAAAGUGCUGAUCCUUUUUUUAUAGCUGACAUUUAAUGGCCUUCAACCCUAAAUGUUCAACUUUAUCACCCAUGUACCUGCCUUUGUAAUUAUAUAUUUUAUGUACUUUUAAGUACUUUAUCAUGUGUUGUUUUGUACAUCUGUUCAUUUCAUUUUAAGAUUUUGCCAAACCCAUUGUACAGUAUUUUAUGUGUUUUAAUGCAAAUAGGUAUACAGAAUAAGGGUCAUCAGUAUUUAUUUACUGUAGAAUCUGGUGUGUUAUUCGUACAUCCUAUACUAAAUUUAAUUAUUAUCUUAUUAAGUUUUGCUGGCAAAAUGAACAGGGUGUUAUCUUGUGUAGUGACUGGAGUUUUAUAGAGUACAUUGUUUGGAUCAAACCUUGGAAUGUAGCCUUGGACAUCAGUCACAUUAUUUUACUAUUGAAUUUAGCUGGUGUAUACUUGCUUCCAUAAGUGCAUUUAUCCUAAUAAUACACAUAUACCAAAAUUCUCUCUUCACCCAUAAUUUAAGAUAUGUGGUGGAGUGUCUGUUGUUUUACUGUACUUUUGUACAGCAAUAAUAACAAUGGUUGAGUUACAAAUAAAAAUAAAAGAGUGAUUAAUUUCA